AUAAAUGUAUGUGAUGUGUCAUGCAAUAGAUGGAGCCUGUGAUUCAAUCGAAUGUCAACGGCGUGGAGACAUGCGCGAUGGAGACCCAGGACAUUGUCAAGGGUAUCGCAGUUGUCAGCAACGAAGGGAUAUCGGUCGGAGCAAACACCACAGACUGUGCAGUGGUCCUUGCGGCAAUUUGUCARCAGACUGCAGACAUGAUGACGGAUGGUGAGGCCAGUGAGAAUGAUGCAGGGUGUGUUGUUGCAGACGAGGAUGUGGUUAGGACGUCAGCAAAAACUCUCUUUCCCUAUGACAUCAAUUGGGUGCCUGGUCGUCUUCAACCGGGUAUCGUUGGAGGAGCGUCGUGCUUCGCGUUCAAAGUCAAUGUGGAAUGGGUUCCAUAUCCCGCCCCCAAAGCGACGUCGUGGAGGGGCGUGACUCUGUCAAUCAUCUUUGACAGAGUGCUGAGGUUGAACGAUGAGGUGAGCGCUGACGACAAAUCGCGGCAUGUGUUGAAACUGUGGCAUGUUCUGGACGCGAAGGGCGAAUUGAGGCUUAAUGAUUUUGAGUACGACAGUGUCGACUGUGGAGAGUCAUGGGCCAUUGGCGGGUUGGACACUGCAGCGAGUUCGCCGGCAACAGUUGAUGGCAAGGUGACCAUGGUAGCGAAACUGCAGACAGGCCAUUGGCUGCCCUUGGGGUGGAUGCAUGCAGGCAUGGUGGAGCAGUGGCAGUUCCUGGUGGUAGUGGCACGUGUCUCCAUUUUCAAUGCAGAUGUGAAGGACCACGUGCUGGUUGUGGAGCAUGCAAAGCGGUGCUGGGAGAAGAUAAGGGAGGAGGACCGUCAGAUGGUGUGCAUGGGUUACGAUUCCAUGCCAGACCAGGGGAUGUGGUCCAUGGUUGAGGGGAGUCCUGGUGGGCAAGGGCAGGGCGAUGGCGAGAACAGGUACAAGGCUUACAUCCGCCGCAGGCAUGGUUGCUCCGCCCUUGUUGGUUGGGUCCCGGCCGUAUGUCGCAUGGCAUACGAGCAAGGUGGAGAGAUGAUGAUGAGGUUCAGGGACCCGCUUGGUGUGCUGUUUCUGCUGACGUACUCGGAUGGCCUCCUGCGAGACAUUCGGUAUAUGGUGGCCGAGGACACCCGAGGUGGACAUCGGAGGCCGGGACAGACGGAGGAGACGCGCCCGGGACAUCUGGACGGUUUGUCUGCUGAGGUGGAGGGCCCAUGUGGCGGUGAGCGAGUUGCAGGGUGCUCUGCAGCGCAGGGUGACGUGGUCGGGACCAGCAAGACAGCGAUGUCCCACAGCCCGAGGAAGGUGAAGGCGGUUGUGUCGAGGCCGCGGAGGGGGAAGACGGUUGGUGACAAGCAAAAGAAGAACCCCCAGCCUGUGCCACAGACCGGUAACAAUGCAGAUGCGCCUGCACGGGUCCACAGACGCCGCAGACACCCCGGGAUGGCAGCUUUGACAGAGAUCAGGAAGCUGCAACGAUCCACCGACCUUUGUAUCCCUUUCAGGCCCUUCUUGCGCGUCGUCCGCGAGGUGGUGGAGAAGGACAUUACCCCUAAUAAGGACCUGAGGUUCGAGAUGACGGCUGUGUGUGCUUUGAUGGAGGCUGGGGAGGCCUACCUAGUCGCCAACUUCGAGAACACAAACGAAGUGGCGAUCCACUCGAAGAGAGUGACCAUCAAGGUGAGGGAUAUGAGGCUGGUGGAUAGGUUGACGAAGCCUCGCUGGGUGGAGAAAUAUCAGGGGAUAUUGGACGAGAGGGCUCGAGCUGAGGACAUGCAGCGAUGGAUGGAUGCCAGACAGGCUGAGAGGGAAGGCCGGGGAGCAGGCGCAAAGAAGAGAAAGCCACCGGCACCGAAUCCGUCAGCAGGAGAGGAGAUCAUUAGUGGCAGACCAUUGUGGGGGGGCUUGUUGGGUUGUGCUCUGGAGCGGCUUGGUCUUGCAACCUGCGAUGUCGAGAGACAGAGAGAAAGGGAAGAGGGUUGGAGGCUGAUUGCCAGCGAAACAAGGUUAUCGGUCAUUGAAGAAACCGGGGAGACAUCAGCAGCACAAGAUACGAGUGGGACGAUGGUGGUCGACGUGUCUACCAUGCACACAUCAACGACAGAGGACUUGAUGUAUAUGGACAUGUGUGAGGGUUUCUUCUUAGGGGAACAACAGUUGGCAGAGCGCAGAGACGAUGCAGAGCACAGAGAUGAUGCAGAGGAGGAGGAUGAGGAAGAGUACGAGGGGUCUGACGUGGAGGUGAGCGGCAGCGACGUCAGCAGCGACGAAGAAGACGACGAUAAUGAUGUGUACUACGAUCUCAAGACGGCCUGUGGACAAGUAACCAAAGGUUGGGCACAUGCAAUCCUCAGGUUGGCACGAGUAUUUCCCGAUCCGCACAACGUGCUGCGUGUAGUGUUCAAGGGGGCGACACCUGAUGACGGAAUGCAGUAUGCUGCAGUGACCAGCAUAAUGCAAUCCUGCAACAAGGGGGAAAAAUGGUCACGUGUCGGCAAGGGAUGGUUUGUUCUGGUGAACAGAGAGGCUGUGCUAGCAACAUCGCUGACAUGGGGACUGAACCUAAGUUGCCUCCUGCAUGGCGCAGAAAUGGACAGCGGUCCACGGGUGUGCGACUGCGGCGGACCUUUCAUGUCCUUACGGACUUUAAACUCGUAUCGUGCGAGGGCAUGCCCCGCCGUGGCGGAUGAGGGAGCGCAAAGGCAGGAGAAUGAUGCUGCCCACGACCCGGGACCAUCCAACAAAGGCGCAGCCAAUCUCGCUAGUGAUGAGAGCGAGGACGCAGGGGCAGAGGACGACGCGAAUGGGGCAGCCGGUGAUAACGCAGAGCCGGCAGCUCAACCCGUCGAGCCUUUUGACAGCUCGCGCAGGCUAGCAGCGCUUAUUUUCUCCGCCAGGGGCGGCGUCGGUAUGUCACAUACGGACGUUGAUGCUCUCUUGUCACUUCUCAAAGACCCGAGAUUCAGCGCGACGGACAUUGCGUACCGCAACAGUCGAGAGUGCUUCGCAUGGGCGGGCAGUCUAGCAGAGGCCGUUGGGUGGAAGGAGUUGGAUCUGCGUAGUGACGACUGGCCUCGAGAAGCGCACGCCGUUUUGUGGCACCGCGAUUGGCGAACUGCAUUCUUAUCGAUAAUGCACGUCACGUUGCAGAAAUGCGAGACGGUUCAUUCCCUUGAGGUGUCCCCGCCGUCGGAGGACAACAGUGUAUCCGGUCCACGCAGUGCGGCGCUCAGUUAUCACACGCAGUCAAUCAUUCGAGCGCACAAAGGUGUCGACGAGAAUGGAUAUUCACGAUAUGUAAUCCCUCUCUCACUGUACUCCGACAAGACACACACAGACGGUCGUCAGAAACAGACGGCAUACCCUCUUAUGAUGUCGCUAGCCGACCACGCGUCGGAAGCCACUCUGCUGGCCUAUCUUCCCGUGCUUCAUCAUCGACCCCGUGACAAAGGAUGGGGUCUACAGUCCACCGCAUUCAGGAAGCGAAAGACCGUCAUCUUCCACAAGGCCCUUUCGACGGUCUUGCAAGCUGCGAAGGAGGCAUCGCAUGACGGCAUCACGAUACCGUCGACGCGAUUCGGGGACGUGACUGUCCACCCUUUCUUCCUCAACUAUAUACAGGACUACCCAGAGCGAUGUGCGCUGGCGAAUGUAAAGUUUGGUGUAUGCCCUACAUGCACCGUGUCGAAAACGGACCUCGAUGUCGUGGCCGAUUUCACGGACAGCAGGAGAUCCCAGACGCUGGAAACUCAACUCGCAGCAGCUGUGUUCACGGCGGACGACGAUGACGUGCGCCGUGCGGCGGAAGGGCGAAUGGCGGAGUUGGACAUGCAUAGGCAUGUUGAACAGAACGGCCUUUGGGGGUUCUACAGGGGGCCGAGUGGCGAUGAUCCUGAGCUAGACUACCACCUCGCAUUGCAACCAGACCGUAUGCACACGAUCGAACACGGCAUAUUCCUGCACAUGAUCGACGCAUUCAGGGCGGCAGCCUUUGAGAAGUUGCCGAACACACCGCAGACAGAGAUCCUGAAGGAACUCGAUGCGAGAUUGCAAUGCGUUAGUGAGAGAUGUACGCGAACAUAUCCCCAACUUGUGUUUCCCGUGGCCACAGGCAGCGAUUUUUUUUCUCGAGAGGGACGCUUCGAGGCGAAGCAAAACCGGUAUGUGAUGACAGUGUGCGUGUUCCUCAUUUUUAAUAUAAUCCCGCGCUCGACAGGCAAGGGAAUUACCGCUUGUUUUGUUAAGCUGAUGCAAAUGUACGUACCGUUGUUUCGGCGCACAACACACACUCGAGCUUCCCUCGACGAAUGUGACGCGUUGAUGACGGACUUCGUAACGACCAUCAAAGCGAAAUUGGAAAGAUACCAACCAUCAAAUUGGAAACUCCCGAAGUUGCAUGAUCUUAUGCAUAUGAGAACGAGUAUUGAGCGAUCUGGUGUGGCCGACACAUUCGCUGCAGACGUUUGGGAGCAUCACCACAGGAGAUUCUGCAAACAACCGUACAUGUCAUCGAACAAAAAGAAAGCGUCAACCCAGAUGGUCAACCACGUGCGCCGGUCGCUGGCGUUGCAGGAGGAGACCGGAUUUGUAAGGAAAAGGAGGAAGAGGGCCGUCGAGAAUAGGUCUUCUGUGACCGACUGUAUGGCAACGGGGAUGAACACCCUGGCACUACGCGAUACGUCAAUCCUUCAACUGCGCUGGUUCGACAUCGAUCAGGACCAGAUAUGCGAGGUGGAAGGCAUUGACAGUCAUGCGUGUAAGAUACUUGAAGAGCUCCCUUUCAGAACCGAUUUUCGAGCAGCGAUUACGACGUACAUGGCAGAGAAUGGUUGUCAACCUCCUCCUGAUGAUCUCGCUAUACACACACGAACACAUAUCGCCAUCGCUUGCAUGCAGGACGGAACAAACAGGGGCACACUUGUUCAAACUGCACGAGCGUCGCCGCGGUUCUACGGGAGACCAGUGCACAGCGACGUCGCAAUAAGAGCAGCCAACGAAUGUACGUGGUUCGCAUCAGUGGCCAUGUUUUUCGUCGUCGAUGCACCCACAGACGGCGGUAAUGUGGAACACAAGUGCGCUUUUGUGCAGUGGUACACAAAGGUUGACAGUGAACGCAAACACGUGACAUGUUGCAAGGAAUUGAAAUGGGAGAAGGCGAAUGGACAUCAGCACAGCAGCGUCGUUUCAACCGACACUAUCGUGGACACCGUUCACAUUGUUCCGCGCUUCUUGGAGACAAUCGAUAUUAGAGGGUCUGACGACAGGCACAGCGGACCCCAAGUGGAAGAAGAGGAGGAACACGACCGUUCCGCGCCAGAGAAGUCAGAUGGUGCGGAGGACGAGGAGCCAGGAAACGAGGGAGACGACAGCGAUUCUUCCUGCAGACAAUCGCAAGACACCAAUGAGGACGACGACAGCAACGGCAAGUCGGCCAGCGAGAGAACCGGCGAAGACCAGAGCGCCGCUUCGGAAAGAGGUGGUUCACCAUUUCCUUCAAGGACGCUGCGCAGAGAAGGAGAACGACAGGCACGCAAUGGCAGCGACACCGAGGAGCGUGUCGGUGACAGACAAAUCGUACAGCACGUCAGCGCCGCCGGAAAAGUGCGCGCAAGCGGCGGAGCCGUGCAAGGACGGAAGGACGAGGGCGCCGCAUUCGCGAAGAAAAUGAAGGGCAAGCUGUUGCGUUCCGUCGCCAAAGCCUUUGCGUUCUCUGCAGCAAACGACGCAACUCUGUACCCGACAGAGGACGCGUUUUUCGCGGCGGUGCAAGCGACGGCGAAACUGGCAGGGGAGACAACAGAGGAAGGGUUGCGGUCUCACAUAGCAGAGUGCGGGAUUCGAGCUGUCAUAGGGGAAUGCAACAGAAUGAUGACGACGAUCCGCGGAGAGAUUACAUGGCAGCUGAAACAUUGGUUUUGGGCUGAAAAAAGGAUUCCACUCUUCGGAUCGCAGCAAACGGACCACCACCUCCCCGCUCGCAACAAGAUGCGCACCGAGAUGAAGGAGAACAAGACGUGGAGACGGAGCGGCGACGAUCCGUGGGGCGCCCCCGCCUUCAAGACGGCACUCUUAAAAGUUUUUCAGAUGAGGAAGGAAGGCCGGAACCUGGGCGUCACCCUGCAGCAACUGGCUUUUGCGGAGAUGGUCAUUCAAUGUGAGAUAGAACAGACAACGAAGACGACACGAGCUGCAGAGCAGAUAGAAAAAUUGGUAUCUAUAAAGCAGGCAAUUGUCUCAUCUCUCCGUAGCCGAGACACUGUAAUUAGUUUUUCCGUCUUCAAACUGGACUGUUCCGUAUCCGUGACUGAGAAGGCAGCAGCGCUCUUUCGCUCUGGCACGCCGUCUGUCCACAGGCCUGGGCCUCCAAGCACCACAAUAACGGAUGACGAUUACGACAUCGAGUUCAUUCUCCCUUAGAGUACAGCAGCCGGAGACGG